AUGGAAAUCAUCCUGUCGCAACGGCUUCUGCUACAUUUGCGUUUGGAGACUUGGAAGAGCUCGAUAUCUCCUGCAUGGUCUCCAGUGCUAGCCCAUGACCUCGAAACCAGUUCUAUCGAUGCGAUCGAAUCGGCUUGGCACCAUAUCCUCCUCUCGAUCCACUAUCGUCGGGCUCAGCUGCUCAUCAACAGACCAGCAGUGCUCUUCACACUGAGGGAAUGGGUAUUUGGUGAUCCGCUUUGUGAAGCCAGCACUGAGACUCUGGUCCGUGUGCUCCAGGAGGACUAUAAAGCCGCGAAAGAGCUCGUCAGCGUUGUGAAUACUUCAUUGCAGGCUGAGAAUUUCCUGCGGCGUCACAAUAUAUGGUUCCUGGUGAACUACUCCGUAUUUGCAGCCUGCGUUCACAUGUUUGGACAUCUUCUUGCAUGUGGGAAGGAGCGAGACAUUCUCUUCGCAGCAGAAAUCAGUCUUUCGGAGGUUCGCGGGCUGCUACAAACGAGCCUCGAGCUGCUGAAACGUGUCGGUGCCCGGAGCUUGAUGAGUCAGAAAGGCGCAGCAUGUUUGCUGACCUUUCUUGAUGUCUUUGAUGCGUUCGUGGCUACCGAGAUGACGGCGUCAACGGUGAUUUCAGACCAGCUUCCAGACCCCUCAAUGGCUCCAGUGUUGGACUCCUCGUCUUUUCAGACGAGCGGACUUCUCUCGGACUUCAUUGUACAGGCCACCGAUGACUUCUUCUUUGACGGACAUUCUACAAAUCUCAGCUACGAUCAGUAUGGCACUUUCUCUUGA